AAAGACUUAUUUGUCUCUGCUUAUUUCACGUCUCAAAGUUUCAUAAACCAGAGGAAGAACAUCUCAUUUUUCCAUUCAAUCAACCAAAUUUCUUCCUCCAAAUCACAAAAAAACAUGUCGCUACUUUCAGAUCUUGUUAACCUUAAUCUAUCCGACUCCACUGAAAAGAUCAUUGCUGAAUACAUAUGGAUUGGUGGAUCUGGUAUGGACAUGAGAAGUAAAGCAAGAACGCUUAAUGGACCAGUUUCUGAUCCAAAAGAGCUGCCAAAAUGGAAUUAUGAUGGAUCCAGCACUGGUCAAGCUCCUGGUGAAGACAGUGAAGUCAUUCUAUACCCACAAGCUAUCUUCAAAGAUCCAUUCAGAAGAGGCAACAACAUCCUUGUUAUGUGCGAUGCCUAUACCCCACAAGGAGAACCAAUCCCAACCAACAAGAGAUGCAAUGCUGAAAAGAUUUUUAGCCAUCCAGAUGUUGUAGCUGAAGUGCCUUGGUAUGGUAUCGAGCAGGAGUACACAUUGCUGCAAAAGGAUGUUAACUGGCCCGUUGGCUGGCCUGUAGGGGGUUAUCCCGGUCCACAGGGCCCCUACUAUUGCGGUAUUGGUGCUGAUAAAGCUUUCGGAAGGGAUAUUGUUGAUUCGCACUACAAGGCUUGCAUCUAUGCAGGAAUCAAUAUUAGUGGAAUCAAUGGAGAAGUGAUGCCUGGACAGUGGGAAUUCCAAGUUGGUCCAGCUGUUGGAAUCUCUGCUGCAGACGAGGUGUGGGUAGCUCGCUAUAUUUUGGAGAGGAUUACUGAGAUUGCUGGAGUGGCUCUUUCUUUUGAUCCAAAGCCAAUUCCAGGUGACUGGAAUGGUGCUGGUGCUCACACAAACUACAGCACAAAGUCCAUGAGGGAAGAUGGUGGGUAUGAGAUUAUUAAGCAGGCUAUUGAAAAGCUUGGAUUGAGGCACAAUGAGCACAUUGCUGCUUACGGUGAAGGAAAUGAACGCCGUCUCACUGGUAAACACGAAACAGCCAGCAUUUCUACCUUCUUGUGGGGAGUAGCAAACCGAGGUGCAUCAGUUCGUGUUGGAAGAGACACAGAGAAGGAGGGAAAAGGAUAUUUCGAGGACAGGAGGCCGGCUUCAAACAUGGACCCGUAUGUUGUAACUUCCAUGAUUGCCGAGACUACCCUUCUUUGGAAACCAUAGAGUGCCUUGCCGAGUCCAGGAUUUAACUAUCAGUAUUCUGUCAAGUCAUUGCGUUGAACAAGAUGCAGUCUGUUCAAGCUGUUGUUAGAGUUUUUCGUCUAUUUAUAAGUUCCCAUUCAAACUGGCCAUUUGUGUAAUCCAUUGCUUCGGUUAAGUUGCUUUACACAUUAAAUAACACCUAUUUCUUGCACUAAUACUUCGUUGAAAAAACUUUGUAUGAUUAUGUUUCCAUACAAAAAUUUGAAGAAAUAAAAUUCUCCCAUGGGCUACUUAUGCA